CAGUACGGAGGCGGGAGCAGGCGCUGGCUAGGAAAGCGCCGAGUGAGGCGGCGAGCUAGCAGCCCCUCCACUGGGCAGUGGCCAGCCAGGCGCUCCUGCCACACCGGGCUGCAGCCUGCGGGCAGCCAGGGGGAGCCCGAGGCCAUGGCCCGGCUUUUCCAGGCGCUGGUGGCCGGCUGCCUUCUCUGGUCGGCAUUUGGAAUAGUGCCAGAACCAAAAAAUGUAAGAAUUAAUUCAGUUAAUUUGAAUCACAUUCUACAAUGGGAUCCGCCUACUUUUCACAAAGAAAAUAUUACUUAUACAGCCCAGUAUAUAAGCAGUGUUUUGAAGAAGAAUGAGUGCGUGAGCAUUGUUAACACCCACUGUGACUUCUCUUCUCUUCCUGAUUAUGGCAACUACACCUUGCGAGUCAGAGCUGAGUCAGAGAAUGAAGAGUCAAAUUGGGUGAACAUCAUCUUUAAGCCAAUUGAUGACACUGUCAUUGGACCACCUGAAGUAAAAGUGAAAUCUGAAUCUGGAUCUUUGUAUUUAGAUUUCACAGGCCCUUUUGCUAUACGUGACUUGCACAAGUGGCCUUUAAAAGAAUUUUAUGGCAACUCUUGGGUUUACAGGGUGCUAUACUGGAAAAAAAGCAAUAGCAAAGAGGUUAUAAUCAGAGAUGCUAACUAUAACUCAGAAAUAUUAUCUGAUUUGGACUCUUGGACAAUAUAUUGUCUUCAAGUUCAAGUUGUUGUUCCUGAAUUGAACAAAAGAGGGGAACCGAGUGAAGAAAUCUGUGAUACGACAACUGAUAAUGGUAUAACUCCAGUGUGGAUAAUUGUCACUGUUCUUUUAGUAUCGAUAUUGGUUGUUCUAGUAUCAGUUCCUGCUUGUUUCUUUACCUUUAUAUAUAUAUAUCGGCAGGUCAGAUAUGUCGUCUGCCCUACGUAUUCUUUUCCACAACAUCUGAAGGAGUUUCUGAGCAAGCCUUCCUACAGUUCACAGUUUAUUUCACCACAGUCACCAGAAGAGGAUCAGUCCUAUGACAAGUUAACUGUUAUUUCAGAAGAAUAUGAAAACUGUAGCAAUGAGACAAGCAACACAGAGGAACAGCUUCAGGACUCCAAAGAAGAGAUUUCUAUUUCAGAAGAAGCUUCAGCUUUCAAAAAGGGAUCAAGUUCAGUCUUUAUAUCUGAUUCAGGCUGAAAACAAAUAACCAAAAACUCAUUUAGAUGUGACUUCAUAGUGAGACUGUAACAGCAAGCUCUUGGUAAACUUUGAUUUAAAAUGUGUAAAGAGAAAUUUUGUCAAUCAUAUUUAUUUUUCAACUCUGAGAAACAUUAUAAAUGAGUCCUGUAGUAGGAUGCAAUUCUUAGCCACUCAUUUUUAAUGACUGACUUAUUUAUAACCUGUGAAAUAAUAAUAUUGCUCCAUAAUGUGGUACUACUUAUAAAGUAUUAAAUAUAUAAUUCAUUUUUUUUAUUGUAUAUUUAUUAUUAAAGUUGACCAGAAUUGUGAAUACCACAGCAUAAUUUUCAAAGGAAACUUUUCCUGUCCACAAAAACUUAAGAUUUUACUGAUUUUUGGUAUGAAAAUCUUUAAAUUUUGUUUGUGAUUGGCCUAAAAUCUGACUAGUAGCAACUAGAUUAAUAUUUUAGGGUUGAUUUAUGUAUAACACUAAAAUUAUUAAGUUAUUCUUGAUAGCUAUUUUAUUAAAGUGGUACUAACAAAUUUCAUAUGUUUUAAAUGUGAGAAAUUAGCUAUGGGCCAUACUUCCUCAUAGGCUUACAGUGGAGUCAAUGGAGGUAUUACACCAGGGAUGGAAAAAAAGUAGCCCGCAGGACAGAUGUGAUUCACCAGAGUUAGUCUGCCAGACUCUCUUUACCUGUGCAUCUGUAGAUACAGCUGCUUGCCAUUCCCAGCCAAUGGGAGCUGCGGGAAGUGGCACAGACCAGCCACUACUUCUUGCAUCUCCCAUUGAUUAAGAGAGGCAAUUCACAGCCAACAGUCUAGCCUGCGAGCAGCCUAACCUGCAGAUGUGCAGGUAAAUAAAGCAUUUUGUGCCCUUGGCAAACCUGUAGGCCACUUAUUACCCACCCCUGCUUUAUACCCUUUGAGAUUCUGCCCUAAGUUCUUAUUGAAGUCAGUGAAAAGACUUUCCAAGAAAUGGAGUUAAAUAUUAAUCUAGUAGACCAGAUGGCUUAAUUAGUACUCAGUUCACAAAUGAUCAGUAGCUAGGAUAUACUUCUGUGCACAUAAAAAAAGAAUAGCUGCUGUAAGGGCAAAGAAUACUGAGCAUAUACUAUGAUUUUACUGUAAGAGAAACAAGUCCUUCAAGUGCUGCAAAGUUAUCUGAACAUAUAUUAAUUCAGAAAAAUAUCAAUCUCCCUCAGAAAAAAUGGAUUGCAAUGAAUAUAUUAUAUAUAAAACAUAAUUUGUUGAAUGGGUGGCAACAUUGUGUCAUAAUUUUUGUUGUUAUAUGGAUAGGACAAAUACGCAUCUUUUAGAGAACUAAUCAUAUAUCUAGUAGCCCAAUGUCUGAGACUCUGUAACACUGAAACGCUGGCUGUUCCCUCUGGACGGCGCUGUUGCCUCCUGCCGUGGCACUCGGCUGACUUCAGUGCCGCUCUGCCGGGCCCCCGAGGGGGAGUAAGCGGCCGUUUGGCACCACUUGCUCCCCCUCGGCAGCCCAGCUGAGCAGCACAGAAGUCAGCUGAGCGCCAUGGCGGGAGGCGAAGGGGGUCAGG